AUCAAUUCAUUCAUCAUUGAGAUCUAUAUCUUUUACCUCGAAUCUUGACCGAAACAAUAAAGCAAAAAAUGUCAUCCUAUGCCAUCACCGGAGCCUCCAAAGGCAUUGGCCGCGAAUUCGUGCGCCAACUCGCCGCCAAUCCCAGCAACACCAUCCUGGCUAUUGUCCGAAACCCUGAAUCAGCCGAAAUAUCUUCUCUCGCCUCCAAGUAUUCCAACGUGCACGCUAUCAAAGGCGAUGUGACGGACCCGACCUCCAUCCUCGAGGCUGCUUCAGCCGCCGCUGCCAUCACAGGUGGUACGCUCGACGUGCUCAUCCACAACUCCAACGCCGUUGAUAUGGCCUCCAUGUCCCUUAACCCGACACAGUUGCCCUAUGAUGCUCAAGCCAUUCGAGACAUUUUCGACGCGUCGUUCAGCACGGCUAUCUAUGGCGGUAUCUGGACGACAAACGCUUUCCUACCCCUGAUUGAAAAGGGCAACCAGAAAAAGAUCGUCCACAUUUCCACUGGCAUGGCGGAUUUGGAUUUGAUCAAAAAGAGUGGUGUCAGCUAUGCUGUUGCGUAUUCUGUUGCCAAAUCUGGGAUGAAUGUCCAGGUUGCCAAGUAUGCAGCGGAGCUUGCGCCGAAGGGUAUUAAGGUGGUGGCGCUGAGCCCUGGAUGGGUGGAUACGUGGGAGGGAGAGAAACCCCCUAUGGUAGUAGAAGGGAUGAAGCUCAUGCUGAAGCAGUUUCAGGAAGUCAAGCCUGACCUCGAGGGGCAGAUUCAGCCCGAGGAGAGUGUGAGGAAGGUUCUCCAGGUGAUUGACGGGCUGAAUGCUGAGAGUAGUGGGUUGCUUCUGAGCCAUAAUGGCGAUAGGGAGAGCUGGUUCUGA